AUGUCUUCUGCUGAGAUGCCUCACACAGAGACUGUCUCUCCUUUUCCUUCUUCCAUGGAUCUGCUUAUUCAGGACAGCCCUGAUUCUUCCACCAAUCCCAAAGGCAAACAAUCCACUUCUGCAGAGAAUAGUGCCACAAAAAAGGAAGACAAGGUUUUGGUCAAGAAACAGAAGACCAGAACUGUGUUCUCUUCCGCCCAGCUGUGUGUACUCAGUGAUAGAUUUCAGAGACAGAAAUACCUCAGCCUCCAGCAGAUGCAAGAACUUUCCAACAUCCUGAACCUUAGCUACAAACAGGUGAAGACUGGCUUCCAGAACCAGAUAAUGAAAUCUAAGACGUGGCAGAAAAACAACUGGACAAAGAAUAGCAACAGUGUGACUCAGAAGGCCUCAGUACCUACCUACCCCAGCCUCUACUCUUCCUGCCACCAGGGAUGCCUGGUAAACCCAAAUGGGAACCUUCCAAUGUGGAGCAACCAGACCCAGAACAUCCCGUUCUGGAGCAAACACUUCUGGAACGCUCAGACCUGGUGCACCCAGUCCUGGAACAAUCAGGCCUGGAACAGUCCCUUCUAUAACUGUGGAGAGGAAUCUCUGCAGUCCUGCUUGCAGUUCCACCCAAAUUCUCCUGCUAGUGACUUGGAGGCUGCCUUGGAAGCUGCUGGGGAAGGCCUUAAUGUAAUACAGUAG